GCAUACAAAGUGCACCGGCCAUAAGACAACCUGCUAUACAAUGCCCAGCAAACUGUCAGUUUGGCACAAGAAGAAAGCUAGCUACAUCGACUGCAAAGAGUAACGCCAUAGAUGGAGGGAACCACGAAGCCUCACCUCGUGCUCAUCCCAUGGCAGGGAAGCAUCAGCCACAUCAUCCCCAUGACCGACAUCGGCAUCCUACUCGCGUCCCACGGCGCGGCGGUCACCAUCAUCACGACGCCCGCCAACGCGCCAGUCGUGCAGAGCCGCGUCGACGACCGUGCCACGCCGCCGCGCGGCGGCGUGGGGAUCACGGUCACCGCGAUCCCGUUCCCGGGCGCGGAGGCCGGCCUUCCCGAGGGCCGCGAGAGGCUGGACCUCCUCCGGUCCCCCGCCGACGUGCCCCGCUUCUUCGCCGCCAACAAACGGUUCGGCGAGGCGGUGGCGCGGCACUGCCUCGGCGGCGCCUCCAUGCCGCCCUGCCGGCCGACCUGCAUCGUCGCCGGGAUGUGCCACUCGUGGGCGCUAGGCUUGGCGCGCGAGCUCGGCGUGCCGUGCUACAUCUUCCACGGGUUCGGCGCGUUCGCGCUGCUCUGCAUCGAGCACCUCUUCAAGCACAGGCCGCACGAGGCGGUGGCGUCCCCCGACGAGCCCUUCGACGUCCCGGUCUUGCCGUCGUUCGAGUGCAGGGUCUCGCGAAGGCAGCUGCCGCCGCAUUUCUCGCCGUCGACUUCCAUGGGCGGAGGGCCGCUGCAGGAGAUACGGGAUUUCGACGUGGCCGUGGACGGCGUUGUGGUGAACACGUUCGAGGAGCUGGAGCACGGCUCCGCCGCGCUCCUUGCGGCGGCCACGGGCAGAAAGGUGCUCGCCGUCGGCCCCGUCUCGCUGAGCCACUCGCCUAGUCUGGAUCCAGAGACCAUGUCGGAAGACGCGAGGCGAUGCAUGGCGUGGCUGGACACCAAGGCGUCCAGGUCCGUGGCGUACGUCAGCUUCGGCAGCGCCGGGUGCAUGCCACCCGCGCAGGUCAUGCAGCUCGGCAUGGCUCUGGUCUCGUGCCCCUGGCCUGUCCUCUGGGUUGUCAAGGGCGCUGACUCCCUGCCCGACGAUGUCAACAAGUGGCUGCGCGAGAACACCGACGACGCUGACGGCGUGGCGGACACCAAGUGCCUGGUGGUGCGCGGGUGGGCGCCGCAGGUGGCCAUCCUGGCCCACCCGGCCGUCGGCGGCUUCUUGACGCACUGCGGGUGGGGUUCGACUCUGGAGGCCGUCGCCGCCGGCAUGCCCAUGGCCACCUGGCCGCUGUUCGCCGAGCAGUUCAUCAACGAGAGGCUCAUCGUGGACGUGCUUGGUGUCGGGGUGUCCGUAGGCGUGACGAAGCCAACGGAAAACAUCCUGAGCGCUAGUAAAACCGAUGGCAGCAAAGCAGAGGCGGAGGCGGAGGUGGGGAUGGAACAGGUGAUGAAGGCAUUGGAGAGGCUGAUGGAUCAGGGUGCUGAAGCGGAGGAAAGGAGGAGGAAGGCUCAGGAGCUGAAGGCGAAGGCGAAGGGUGCUCUGGAGGAGGGAGGAUCGUCCUACGUUAAUCUGGAGAAUUUGAUCCAAUCUUUUGUUUGAAGCUGGAUGCCUCUAACUAACACAUGGGUUUUAACACACUCGUCCGCCGAACUGUUACCGCAGAACAUUUAGGGGGUGUUUGGAUACGAGGUGCUAAACUUUAUCAGGGAAACAUCCAACAUUGGAUGUUUGGAUGCUAAUUAGGAGGAUUAAAUAUGAACUAAUUACAAAACUAAUUGCACAGAUGAAGUCUAAUUCGCGAGAUGAAUUUAUUAAGACUAAUUAAUGCAUCAUUAGCAAAUGGUUACUGUAGCAUCAUAUUGUCAAAUCAUGAACUAAUUAAGCUUAAUAGAUUCGUCUCGAGAAUUAGACUCCAUCUGUGCAAAUAGUUUUAUAAUUAGACUAUGUUUAAUACUCCUAAAUCCAACAUCAAACACCCCUUGGUUAUUUGCUAUGAUUUCUUUUGUCGGAUAAAGUUGUUGUACCGCUAUGAUAGGUGUGUGUUUGGAAUACACGUUGUACUUGUACUCCCUUCAACCUUCAAAUAAUUGUCGUUUCAUGAAGCGAUAUAGUCAGCAAGACAUGUUUUGACCA